UGUAUCCGUUAUAAUCGGCCACGGUUUGAACUAGUCCUCACCACCUCCAUUUAUAUAAUAGAGAUUGCGAAAAAACAAUUAACCUAACAACACACACUCUCUCUCUCUCUCUCUCUGCUUUACCGAACCAUAUUUUUCAAUUUCUAUUUACAAUUUUUCUGCACAUCACUUAGUUACAAUCUGGGCUUCAAUAUGAGCAUGGAAUGGUCUCAAAAAUCUGCUACAAUUGCUUAUCUUGAUACUCUCAAAUUGUGUAAUGAGCAGAAAGAGCAAUGCAACUCAUCCCCAACACCAGAGCCUGAGACCAAUGAGUUCAUAUCAGCCUUGGCAGCGGGGAUGCGCUCAAAACUCAUUGUGGAAGUUACAUCCGAGGUGUCCCCAUCAACAAUAGCCUUAGCAGCAGCAGCUCGACAAACUGGAGGCAAGCUUGUGUGUAUUCUCCCAGAACCAACGGUAGACAAAUCGCAGAAAGUAAUUGAAGAUUUGGGUCUAAAUGACGUGGUAGAAUUUAUAACUGGAGAUCCUGUUGAGCUAUUGCCAAAUUAUGAAAACAUUGAUUUCUCGCUUGUUGAUUGCAAAACUGACAACUACCCGAGAUUGUUAAAGUUGCUGGAUGUUAAUCCUAGAAGAUCAGUGGUUGUGGCAAACAAUUUGAUGAAAGGGAGAAAAGGGUUGGGAGGCCAUUUGGAAGGAAUGGAAAAUAAGGUUGAAGUGAGGUCGAUGAAGCAUCCAAUAGGGGAAGGCAUGGAAGUGACUAUGAUUGGGAGGAGUGCCGACUUAGGGAAAAGAGAUCGAGGCGGAAGUCUUCAUAGAACAGAGAAAAAAGGUGGUUCAGUGAAGAGGAAUAAAAGCAAAUGGGUUGUCAAGGUCGAUGAGAAGAGUGGCGAGGAACAUAUUUUCAGGUUGCCUAAAUCUCAUUAGGCUUGUUUCACAGCAGCAGAACUAAUAUCGUCUUUUGAUAUGCUAGUUGUUGAAUGAAAGAAGUGGAUUUUUUUUUCUAAAAAUCUACAUCUUGGAAAGCAGUCAAUAAUGCUCAGCAUUGUCACUGGGAGAUGUAAUUAGUGUGUCCUGUGAAACCACAGAAGGAUUAAAUGUACCAUCACCCCUCAAUUAAAGGUUUUUACUUCAUCAAGUGUCAUUGCAUUGUGUUUGCUACAUGGAGGGUUCUAAAGUUGUGCUGGAAGAGAAGGUUUAAUUUGUUGUUCGUGUUACUUUUCCUGGAGGACCAACCUCACGGUAAACUUGUACACUGUUAUUGAUCACCGGACAAAAUUUGUCGUGCCCAAGAUUAUAUCUGCUACCUCGGACCGGCUUUUAAUAAUCAGAAUAUGAGCUUUGUGACCAAACAUUUAUCAGAUAUUUGAUAGAGAUCAGUGUGGCAUGGAGGUCGCUACUCCUUAUAAAUCAGAAGUUGGUUGGCAAGUUUGCUUGUACAAUUGGUUCAUGUUCAAGACAGCCAUAGUGAUAGAGAUUUGUAGACCUCCCCCGUGGCGCAGUAAUGGUCUUUGGAGGUGAAUUUAGACACAGUUUCUCUGCUCAACGUGUUCGUGCUCUUGCCCGACUUUUAGACUCAUCUGAGUUGGUAACUUCGUACUGCAACGAAGGAAAGAAAACUUUUUGCUACAUCUGCAAUUCAAAGGCAUGGUUUUGCCCUCUGAUCACAGAAAACUUGUUGGAGACCAAUUACUACUAUUAUUUCUUCUAAUCGAUUGACAUAUGAAAUAUGAUAUGUUUAUUCUAAUUCCUUUGUUUUCUGUUUUUCUUUUUCACUUCAAAUUGUAUGUACUUGCUGCCAAUUAUUGAAACAUACAUUUUCAUGCAUA